AUGAAUUUUUACAGACAACGUUUUUACCAUGUUUUAGCCUUUCGUUUGUGUUGUUGUUUUUUCUCUAAUACUUGGUUUGUUCCUGAUGAGUAUUUUCAGAGUGUUGAGGUUGCUUAUCAUAUAGUCUAUGGAAAAGGACAUUUAUCUUGGGAAUGGUUACCUGAAUGGGCACUUCGUUCUCCUCUUCACCCUUUAAUUUAUGCUUUUCCUUUUUGGUUGUUAAAAUUAUUUUCGCUUGAUUUUGGCUUCAUUAUUAGAUGGAUACCUAAUAUUAUUCAUGCUUUUUUGUUUGCAAUUGCUGAUAUUUGUUUUAUUAAUUGGGCAAAAUCUGUUAUUGGAUUUUCUUUUGAUGCCUUGUAUAUUCUCCUUCCACUAUAUUUUACAAAUUGGUUUAUUGUUUAUUGCUCAACAAGAACUUUAUCAAAUACUUUAGAAUGUUGUUUAAUGCUAAUUGCACUAAAUUUUUACACUAAAAACGAUGCAAAUUAUGUAGAAACGAAGAAAAAUGAUGAUUCUGAAGAAGAAAAUUUGGCAAAAUUUUCAAUUCUAAAAAUUGAUUCUUUUUGUAUUUGUUUAAUUAUUGUGUCAAUAGCUGCAGUUAUAAGGCCAACAACUUGGUUAUUAUGGAUACCUCUUUGUUAUGGCCAUUUUGUUUUUUAUUUAUUGGAAGGACUUGAUGUAAUAAAUCAGGAAAUUGUUACAGAAAGGAUGGAAAAAUAUAUUUUGAGGUUUGUUUUUAAAUAUAAAAUAUUCUUUUCUUUGUAG